UUUCAUAAAACAGAGCGGGGCGCAGGAAGGAGGCUGACACCGUGACUCGUGGUGGAUGGGCUUAGGGAGUGAGAAUCCAGCCCUGACUGAUUGCGGGCGCUCGGACUCAGCAUGGAAAGUUUCUUCGGGGUCCUGGGAUUUCUGCUGCUGGCUUCAGGACUGCCUCUCCAAGAGGCCAAGCGAUUUCGUGAUGUGCUGGGCCAUGAGCAGUAUCCAGGUCACCUGAGGGAACACAGCCAAUUACGUGGCUGGUCUUCUGAUGAAACUGAGUGGAAUGAAAACCUGUACCCGGUGUGGAAGAGGGGAGAUGGCAUGUGGAAGAGCUCCUGGGAAGGAGGCCGCGUGCAGGCAGUCCUGACCAGUGACUCACCAGCUCUGGUGGGUUCCAAUAUCACAUUUGUGGUGAACCUGGUGUUCCCCAGAUGCCAGAAGGAAGAUGCCAAUGGCAACAUCGUCUAUGAGAAGAACUGCAGGAAUGAUUUGGGAUUCACCCCUGACCGAUAUGUCUACAACUGGACAGCAGGGGCAGAGGAUGGCGACUGGGAAGGCAGCACCAGCCAAAGCGAGCACCUCGAGUUCCCUGACGGCAAGCCCUUCCCUCGCCCCCACGGAAGGAAGAGAUGGAGCUUUGUCUACGUCUUUCACACACUUGGUCAGUAUUUCCAAAAACUGGGUCGGUGUUCAGCACGGGUUUCUGUAAACACAACCAACAUGACACUUGGCCAUCAGGUUAUGGAAGUGACUGUCUUUCGAAGAUACGGCCGGGCAUACAUUCCCAUCGCACAGGUGAAAGACGUCUAUGCGAUAACAGAUCAGAUCCCUGUAUUCGUGACCAUGUCCCAGAAGAAUGACCGGAACUCAUCUGAUGAAACCUUCCUUAGAGACCUCCCCAUUGUGUUCGAUGUGCUCAUUCAUGAUCCCAGCCACUUCCUCAACGACACUGCCAUUUCCUACAAGUGGAACUUUGGGGACAACACUGGCCUGUUUGUCUCCAACAAUCACACUCUGAACCACACAUAUGUGCUCAAUGGAACCUUCAAUCUUAACCUCACCGUGCAAGCUGCAGUGUCCGGGCCAUGCCCCUCACCUUCACCACCUUCAACACCCACACCGCCAACACCCACACGGCCAACAGCCAGCCCCUCUUUAAUGCCUACGGGUUACAACUCCAUGGAGCUGAGUGACAUUUCCAGUGAAAACUGCCAGAUAAACAGAUACGGUUACUUCAGAGCCACCAUCACGAUUGUAGAGGGAAUCGUAGAAGUCAACAUCAUCCAGAUAGCAGAUGUCCCAGUGCCCAUGCCACAGCCUGUCAACUCCCUGAUGGACUUCACUGUGGCCUGCAAAGGGGCCGCUCCCACGGAAGUUUGUACCAUCGUCUCCGACCCCACCUGCCGGAUGGCCCAGAGCAGGGUCUGCAGCCCAGUGGCUGUGGACCAGGCGUGCCUGCUCUCCGUGAGAAGAGCCUUCAAUGGGUCUGGCAUGUUCUGUGUGAAUGUCACUCUGGGUGAUGACACAAGCCUGGCCUUCACCAGCACCCUGAUCGCCAUCCCUGGCAAAGACCCAGCCUCCCCUCUGAGAAUGGAGAAUGGUGUCUUGAUCGCCAUCAGCUGCCUGGCUCUGCUUGUCACUAUGGUUACCAUCUUGCUGUACAAAAAACACGAGGCAUACAAGCCUAUAGGGAACUGCCCCAGAAAGACGGUCAAAGACAAAAGCUUGAGUGUUUUCCUCAGCCACGCAAAAGCCCCGUUCCUCCAGGGAAACCGGGAGAAGGACCCACUACUGCAGUGCAAGCCGGGAAUGUCCUAAGUCUUCAGCCUUAUCUCUGACCAGGAGCUGGCUCCAGUGUGUUUGUGUGACUGGUAACACUGGUUUCCGAGGAUUAUUGUAAAAUGCGCAUCAUGGUUUAGGAGGUUAGUUAAACGGCAUUUUAGAGAAGGGAUGAAAUUACUUAGUGUUUCCUCCC